ACCGAUUCCUGCGUGACAUUCACAGGCAGCGGCAACUAUUCCGCACAAUGGUGUCGAUUCAAAGUUUGCGUAAUAGGCUCGUGGGCUUACUAGACACGUAUAAGGAGCUUGAAUCGCAGUCUCAGCUCAAGGCCGACGAACUUGCCAAAUGUAAAUUAGAGAGAUUGAAGUACGAGUCCCAACUGUCUGAGUUGUACAAUACGCUCACGAGAAAAGAGCGACAGCUGGAAGACAUUGAACAAAAAAUACGCGAGAAUGAAACCAAGACGUCGGAAUUAGACAAAUCAGCUGCUGAGUGCCAGAAGUUUGUUUGCAGGCCUCCAGUUACCCUUUUUGCCCACAGGACCAGCGAACUCUUAACCGAAAAACUUCAAACUCGUGACGAUGUUAUUGAAGAACUCCAGUCUAAAACAGAAGAUGCGAAGGCGAGGACUGUUUCAGCAGCCCAAACAUACUCAGCGACGAUUGAUCGAUUGCGUGAUGCACAAACCGCAAGCGAACGAUUAGAGAAACGAGAAGAAGAACUUCAGCGGGUUGUCCAAGAGCUGGAUAAGGAGAGUGCUUUGCUCACUGCAAAAAUCGCUCGGAUGGACGCCUAUGUUGCAGAGGCGAACACCCGUCAGGCAGCACUGGAGGAAGCGGUUUCCAAACUGUCCGAACGGCUGGAUUCGGCAAACGCACGAACAAAUGAGGCAGAGACUGCGGCCGAGGAAUUGAGUUUGGAAUUGGCGUUUCUGGAAGAGGAGGCGAACGACUGGAAACAAAAGAGCCUUCAAUUGCAGCAGCAACUCGAUAUGAUGCGCGUAACAAUGCAGACGGUUUGAAUGCGUCGGUUCCAUGGAUCUGUCUUAAUCAUUCUCGCCUACCUAGGGAUGUUGACAAUUUGUGAUCUUGUCUCUCUAGGCCAUUUUCCAACACGCCACACCUCCCCAGGCUUAAUCUAAUUUCACUCGAUUUGCGGCAUUCCGCGGGCGACUAGCCUGUUUCAGCAUGGUCAUCCUGGCUGCGAUCUUCCAGCAUGAGUUACAUGCAUGUCGCACGAACAUGGGCCCGCUUCUAUGCUUUGGACAUUCAUUCCGCAUUCCCUGUCAAUUGUUGCAUUGUGGUGCAUGUUCCGUUCGGCUUCUAGCUUUGUUUUGUUUUGGUGCUGCCGCCGCCCGGUUCAUCGAUCCGCUAUCUCAUUCUCAUUCGUUAUUUUCUGUUCUCGCUAUUGUUAUUCUAAUUGUUAUCUUUAGUAACCCCUGAUGUCCCCUCCCCCCCCGCUUAUUCCUAUGCAGCCGUUAUAGGAUUUUCCUUUUGUGUCUCGCAUUCUCAGUCAGUUGCACAGGGUAAACAACUAAGAUGUGC